AGGUUACUAAUGUUUGAUAAGACAUAAAUCAUAAAUUUUUUUUUAAAGUUUAGGCUUUUUGUUGAAACAAUAACUUAUAUUCAUUUCGCUAUUUGCUAUAUUCAAUAGAUAAAAUUAUAUUUGAUUAACAAAUUCGACAAGGUUACUGACUUACAACAAUAAUUUCUUUUUUUUAAAAUGGCUGCUCGAGAAGCUUCUAAAUAUGCAACUAAAGUAGUUAGACCAUUAUUAUCAUCAGAUAAAUCAGAAGCUAAAAAAAGAGUUUUAAACUUAUAUAAAACAUAUUACAGGCAAAUUCCUUUGAUAUUGUUUGAUCGUCAUUUACCUGUUUCCAAAGAAGAAUGUCAAAAAAAGUUGAAGGAAGAAUUCUUAAAAAAUAAACAUAUAACUGAUAUUAGAGUCAUUGAUAUGUUAGUUAUUAAGGGUCAGAUGCUGUUACAAGAAAUUGUCACCAAAUGGGCUCAAGACUGUCAUGUAAUGACAUUAUUUAAAGAUACUGUUGAGCCAAAGCCAAAUGAUUUUUUGUCAAAAUUUGUCAAUAGUAAUGACUCUCAAUAGUUAAAUUAAUGAACACAACUUCUAUAUUUGUUAAUAGUUUAUUCAAUAAAUUGUGUGUUCUCAUAGGAAUAUUAAACGCAAAUUGCGUUCUUUGUUGUAACAUUUAAUACAAAAAGUAGAUAUCAAU